GACCAGUCAUCCUCGAUCUCGGCGACGCACGGAUCAACCACCGUCUCCCCCACCUCCAGCUCCACUAACAACGCAAGACGUAGCACCAGCGGCACGCAGGAGGAGGGCGGAAGCGGCCAAACCACCGCCAUCGUGCAUAACACCCUGCGAAAGACGAAGUCGGACAUGAAAGUAAUUCACCGCUACUUUGUCCAGGUGAAGAACGACAAUCGCGAGAUACACGAGAUGCCCCCGGAAGACUUGAGUAGUUACAUUCAGGACUUCAUCCUCACGGCCAAAAAGAAGGACGGUCACGAAUACGAACCGGAGUCCUUGAAGGCGUUUGUCCACUCACUGGAACGACAUCUAAAGUACCACAACUACCCCCACUCCGUACUCAAAGACCCCGCAUUCGCUUCCGCCCGUCUGGUGCUCAGUCAACGGUUAAACGAAUUGCGCGCUCUGAGCCAAGCCAAUGGCGGCUCCGCUGUUCAUUCCGGCAGAUCUGCAGCACAUGGACGCAAUUCUACAUCGGCUGCUGAUGACUGCAGUCCCUACAAGGCAGCAUUUCUCUCCGAGAAGUGCCGUAGCGGUAGUGGUGAUGGUAGUGGAUUUGGAGGUGGAAAGCUGAUGAAAUCCCACCUGCUUAUGCAGAACGGCCUUCUUGGAUUCUCCAACCCGCAGCUGAACAUAGUUGGCACUCAAAAGCAUCGCAAUCUUACCUGGGGUCAGUUCCAGCUGGUUACCAACGCAAAUUCCCAGGAACUUUUACGUUUCACCUCUCGUUCCAAUCCCCCGGAGGUACGCUACUGUCAGGGCCACGGCGGCCCUAUGAGUGGCCGUCCCUUCAACACCUCCAGUACUUCCGGACUUACGGGCUUGACCACCGCGGACCUGAUGAUCCACUCUACCUGUGUCCUGACCCUGCCUGGGAGCGAGGAGGUCCCUGGUUUAGAUCCACAGCAGCUGGCGCCCAGCUACUAUCUCGAAUACCUCGAUUGCUGGGUUUGA